AUGUUCUCUACUCAAGGAAAGAAAAACAAACGACUCUUACAGGAUUUGGACGCAGCAGAGAAACGUGAGAGCAACAGACAGAGGACAACGGACGAGAAUAAACAGCAGCUGCAGGAAGAGUUGAACUAUGCUGGACAGAAAUCUGAGCAGAUGUUCCUGGAGCUGAGGGACGUCUUCACAGAGAAGCUGAAGAAGGUCAAAGGACAUUUGGAGUCGCUGGAGAAGGACCGAUCCCACUAUCAGUCUCUUGUGAUUGGUCGGAUGGAUCCAGUAGUGGUGACAUGGGGUGAUGACAUCACUUUACCGUGUCACCUGGAACCGGCCGUGGAUGCUGUAGCCAUGACAGUGGAGUGGUCCAGAUGGGACCUGAACCCCAGGUAUGUCCACGUGAGGCAUGAGGGGGAGGAGCUUGUGUCCGACCAGCAUCCAUCUUACAAAGGACGAACGUCAGUGUCCAUCGCCAAACUGAAGCUCGGAGACGUUUCACUGAAUCUCUCUCGGGUGAAACUCUCUGAUAACGGAACUUACAGAUGCUUUGUUCCGGAAACCAAAAGAGAAUCCAGGGUGGAGCUUCUAGUUGGCGCCGGGUCCUCGCCUCGCGUCACUUUAGCCGCGGCUGACAGAGCAACAGGAGCCGUGGUUCUACUGUGUGAGUCGGACGGCUGGUUUCCAGAGCCGCAGAUGUUGUGGCUGGACACUGAGGGAAGUCUCAUCUCUGCUGGAGCCACUCAGAGCCUCAGAGGUCCUGACGGCACCUACAGGGUCAGCAGCAGAGUCACUGUGGAGAAGAGGAGGAGCAACAACUUCAUCUGCAGAGUCCAACAGCUGAGAAUCAACCAGACCAGAGAGACCACCAUACAUGUUCCAGAUGCUCGUAACGUGUCUCACAUGCUCAUGGCGUGUUCCUGGCAUGUUCUUGCGUGUUCCUAA